AUGAGCCGCCAGUUCAGUUCUCAGUCUGCAUUUAGCUUGAGGAGCAGGCGUGUUUGUAGCAGUGCCUGUCCUGCAGGUGCUGGUGGUGGGAGUCGCGCUGUGGGGUCUGUGCGUCAGGCCCGAGGGAGGUAUGGUGGUGGUGGUGGUGGUGGCUAUGGGGGCUAUGGGAGGGGCUUUGGCAGUAGGAGCCUUUACAAUCUGGGCGGCAGUAAAAGCAUCUCCUUUAACCUAGUAGAGAGAAGUGCCAGUGGUUUCCGCCAGGGUGGGGGAGCAGGAGGAGGAUUUGGAGGGGGCAGAGGCUUUGGGGGUGGUGGCUUUGGGGGAGGCAGCUUUGGGGGUAGGGGCUUUGGAGGUGGUAGUUUUGGGGGUGCUAGAUUUGGGGUUAGCAAUUUUGGGCUUGGAAGCUUUGGUCCUUCUUGUCCCCCGGGGGGCAUCCAAGAGGUGACCGUUAACCAGAGCCUCCUGGAGCCACUUAAUCUAGAGGUAGACCCUGAAAUUCAGAGGGUCAAGUCUCAGGAACGGGAGCAGAUCAUGGUUCUCAACAACAAAUUUGCCUCCUUCAUCGACAAGGUACGAUUCUUGGAGCAGCAGAACCAGGUGUUGCAAACGAAAUGGGACCUGCUGCAGCAGGUGAACACCUCGACUCAGACCAGCAACCUAGAGCCCAUCCUGGAGAACUUCAUCAACUUGCUACAGAAGCAGGUGGAUUUUCUCAAUGGAGAGCGGAUGCGCCAAGACACUGAGGCCAGGAACAUGCAAGAUGUCGUGGAGGACUACAAGAACAAGUAUGAGGAAGAAAUCAACAGGAGGACCAGCAGUGAGAAUGAUUUCGUCGUUCUGAAGAAGGACGUGGAUGCUGCUUAUAUGAACAAAACCGAACUACAGGCCAGGGUGGACACUCUGUAUGGGGAGCUGGAUUUCCUGAAAUACUUAUUUGACAAGGAGCUGUCCCAGAUGCAGACCCACAUCAAUGACACCAACGUCAUCCUGUCCAUGGACAAUAACCGCUCCCUGGACCUGGACAGCAUCAUCGACGAGGUGCAAACCAAGUACGAGCUGAUUGCACAGAAGAGCAAGGCCGAGGCCGAGGCGCUGUACCAGACCAAGUAUCAGGAACUGCAGAUCACAGCAGGGAGACAUGGAGAAGACCUGAGGAACAGCAAGAUGGAGAUUACUGAGCUCAACCGCAUCAUCCAGAGGCUGCAGGCAGAGAUCGACAACUUGAAGAAGCAGAGGGACCAGAUGGAUUCGGCCAUUUCGGAUGCAGAGGAGAGAGGAGAGCGGGCCCUCCAGGAUGCUCAGCAGAAGCUGCAGGGCAUGGAGGAGGCCCUGCAGCAGUCCAAGGAGGAGCUGGCCCGGCUGCUGCGUGACUACCAGGCAUUGCUGGUGGCCAAGCUGGCCCUGGACGUGGAAAUCGCCACCUACCGCACACUGCUGGAGGGUGAAGAGAGCAGGAUGUCGGGAGAGCUGCAGAGCCACGUGAGCAUCUCUGUGCAAAACAGCCAGGUGACCGUCAGCGGUGGUGGAGGCAGUGGCAGUCUAGGCUCUGGAGGUUACUAUGGCGGAGGCGGCAGCUCCCGCGGGGGCAGCGGCGGCGGCGGUGGCGCUUACGGAAGCGGCAGCAGCGGGAGCUACGGAGGAGGCAGCACAGGCAGCAGCAAGUUCGGCGGCAGAAGCGGUGGUGGCUCCUCGCGCGUUCAGAUCAUUCAAACUUCUACCAACACCUCCCACAAGCGAAUCAUGGAGUAGGGGCAGAGUUCGCGACUCCUCGCUGCAUCUCGCACGCUGGAAAAGCCUGCAGCUCUCUCCAGUCUCCUUCCCUCCAUUGUCACUACUGAUCCACCCUCUCUUGAGUUCCUGUC